AUGUCCGACGUGUGUAUUGUUUGUCUAGGAGACCUUGGUGAAGGCGCUGGUGAUCCCCUUGAGCCCGUAAGCCUGGAUGGGAAUGGCGACUUCAAGGAUGGGCUUGAGGAUUCAAGCCAGAUCGCCCAGCUACUUCCCUGUGGUCAUACCCUACACAAUAACUGCUUAAAGCCUUGGGUGGAAAGGGCUAAUAGUUGCCCAAUAUGUCGUCGCAGCUUCAAUAUGGUUGAGUUGAGUGACCGGGUAGGAGGUGCGGUUACUUCAUCCUAUGCUGUUAAAGACCGAACGCAAGUCGCUGAGGUCGACCCUGCUAUGCUCAUCGAAUAUGGCGACGAUGACCAGGUCGACUUCCAACCCUGUACACUUUGCGGGAGCGCGGAUCACGAGGAUGUUUUACUUCUUUGUGAUGGAUGUGAUGCUUCAUCGCAUCUAUUCUGCCUAGGACUAGACGAGAUCCCCUCGGGAGCAUGGUAUUGUCAGCGAUGCGAAUCGCAACGGACAUCGGUGGCGGCUGAGGUGUCAGCGGCGCCAUCGCGCCUGGCCGAACGACGGAGUCGACGAACGAGGGCGCAGCAGAGGCGCUUGCAGAAUACCAGCCAGACAAACUCGCAUCAUUGGGCCCGGGUCUGGCAAACUGUCUGGGAUAACCUGAACCUCGAUCUGGACUUCCCAUUCGAUGACGAUCGCUCUGCCGAACGGGUGAUGCAACAGCGUCGUCGUGAGGAAGCUAACCGGCGCGAGUUUCAAGCCUGGCAACGUCGCUUCGAGAUCGCGGAAAGUCAGGGUAGUGGUAAUCGGUUCCGCGACACCGCGUCGCUAUUCGAUCUUGAACCCGCCCGACCAUCCCGUCCCCGGGUUCCUAGAGAGCCUACGCCCGAGCCCGAGUCUUUGGAGGAAAUGCGAGCAUGGAAUGCUUUUGAAAGAGCCCGGGAGAUUGAAAGCAAUCCCAAUGCUGCCCGGAAGCGCAAAGAGCCUACCAUGUCACCGUCCCCCGAACCCACCGAGCCUCAGCGCAAGUUGAAGCGCCCUCGCACAAGGCGACCGCAAGAACUAGCAGCACUCGCCCAACAAAACCAGACCGGCGAAUCAUCUAGAGCUGCUAGUGCCAACGCGAGACUACAUGGUGAAAGCUCCAGCGGCCCUAGCUUCCUGUCGUCACUAUUAAAGGAGGUUGAAGAUGCACCUAGCCGCACCUCAUACGAACCGUCCGCAGCGACAUCUGUUGUCCUCACCGACGGCGCAUCUCCUGGUCCAUCAUCCCCAUCAAUAUCACCUGCAUCCUCCAGCCGUUCAUCUCCUGUCAUGUCCACCACCCCACCUCCUUUCCCACGAAGCCGCCCUAUAUCCCCUCUCCAACUAUCCUCUCCAGCCGAACCCUCAUCACCACCAUUCUCCCCCGAAAUAUCAUUUUCGGGCAGUCCAUCUAAUGGCGCCAACGGUACAACAGAGGACACAACAACCCGCCCAACCGCUCGCCCCCGAUCCCGCAUUCCCCAACGAGCACUCCAUGCACUGCAGACAACACAUCAGCAUUCCCGCUCAGCAGACUCAUCCCCAACCCGCACAGGCCCAUCCCUAGCCCUGAAAUCCGACAUCCAGAGAAUGGUCGGCACAGCAUUGAAACCCCACUACCGAAAGAAAACCGUCUCCAAAGAACAAUAUACGAACAUCAACCGCUCAAUCUCUCGAAUGCUCUACGAUCGUGUCGGCGACAAGCAAACCCUCGAAUCGGAUGAACGCACCAACCUCGAAACAGAGGCCCGAUACGAAGUGCAGAAUACCGUCGACGCUCUCAAACGCAAGAAUAAAGAGAAGCAGCGCAUGCUGACCGCCGACUCGGACGGUGAUCUUUAA